UUCUACAUCAAUGUGGAACGAGAGGAGUGGAAGCUGGACACACUGUGUGACUUGUAUGAAACCCUGACCAUCACCCAGGCAGUCAUCUUCAUCAACACCCGAAGGAAGGUCGAUUGGCUCACUGAGAAGAUGCACGCCCGAGAUUUCACUGUUUCUGCCAUGCAUGGAGAUAUGGACCAAAAAGAACGAGAUGUGAUCAUGAGGGAGUUCUGUUCUGGCUCUAGCCGAGUAUUGAUUACCACUGACCUGCUGGCCAGAGGCAUUGAUGUGCAGCAGGUUUCUUUAGUCAUCAACUAUGACCUUCCUACCAACAGGGAAAACUAUAUUCACAGAAUUGGUCGUGGUGGACGGUUUGGCUGUAAGGGUGUGGCUAUUAACAUGGUGACAGAAGAAGACAAGAGGACUCUUCGAGACAUUGAGACCUUCUACAACACCUCCAUUGAGGAGAUG